UUCUCGAAUACACACUACAAGAUGGCGGGGAGUUAGAAUUUACUAAAAUUAGGUUCAAAAAAACUUCAAAAUGCGGCCGAAAUCGGUUUGCUGUCAGUGCUCCUGGUUCGUAUCAGACGGCGUAGGUAUCGGAUGUGCCAUCUUUACCUACCUUCUCGUAGCAUAUGCCGAAAUUGUGGUUGUUUUUGUGAUGUUGCUGCCUGAAAUUCCGUUAGCCGGUAUGGGCCUCGUUCAUGCUGUAGUAUUCACCUAUUUAUCGAUAUUAGCUGUUGUAGCACACGUCAGGGCAAUGCUUACAGACCCGGGAACGAUACCCCUAGGUAACUGUACUUCAGAAAAUAUCAAGAAGCUACGACUAGCUGAAGGGCAGACAAUACUACGGUGUACUCGAUGUGAAUGUAUUAAAUUAGAGAGAGCUCAUCACUGCAGUACAUGCCAGAGAUGUAUAAGGAUUAACAACUGUGUUGGAGAAGAUAAUCAAAAAUUUUUUAUACUAUUCACAUUAUACAUUUUUACAAUUUCAAUAUAUGCACUGAUGCUGGCAGUAAGACAAGUGCUUUUGUGUUCAGAUAAGGAUUGGAUAGGUUGUACUGGAGUACCCAUGCCAUCUUCCAUUCUUCUCAUCAUUUUCCUAAUUUUUGAAGGACUCCUGUUUGGUAUUUUUACACUCGUGAUGUUUUGCUCUCAGGUGACUUCUGUGGCAAGAGACGAAACAGGCAUAGAAAAUCUAAAGAAUGAAAAAAGAGCUAGAAAACAAACAGUGUACGAAAACCUCCAAGAGGUAUUUGGAGGAAACUUUUCCAUUUCUUGGUUUUCGCCAUUUGCAGGUCUUACGAACAAAAGGACAAGUUACUCAUUCUAUGAAGUUUAAACAUGGUUGUCAGGAGAUUAAAAUAAUAUGGUGUUCAUUCAUGGCUAUCGAGGCCACAACAUACAAUACACUGUGCAUUUGGUUGCGCAUGUGGUGGGAAUAAGGGACGGACCAUUAGAUUUUUGAGGGGGAGGGGUGGGCAAAAGCCAAAAAAAAAAUAAGCACAGCUCUGAAGAGUGGGAAAAAAAAUCGUGCAUAAGAAAAGUGCCAGAAAAAAUUCCAAAUUAUGUCCAAAAAAAUUCCUGCGCAGCCAUGAGGCGUAAAAACAUUCUUGCACAAAAUAAAUUGCCCAACCCCCCCC